AGAAUCAGAUUUAAUCGUGAACAUUCUUUCACACUGCAUUCUUGGGUGGAAUUUAUGCAAAUUUGUCAAACAUUUGGAAUGAACCAAUCAGUCAACAUGGAACAUACGUGCGAGCAGUCAGGCGAAGCAACAGAGCUUGUGUAAUUGUUUUGUUUGACCUUUCCCUCCAGUUAACUUCGUAACAGUAAAGUGGAAAAUGCCGGGGAAAUGUGCAUUUAAAGAGGCCUUGUUAAGCAACCCGUAAUUUUCAAUUUGGAUUGAGCGUGGAAAGUCGAGUGGUCAAGCAAGAUGUAAAGUUUGUGUGAAAGACUUUGACAUCCAGAACAUGGAAGAAGUGGCUGUUAAAAGCCACAUGAAAUCAAAAAACCAUAUUUAUGCUGUUGAAGGUAAGCUCAUCGAUUGUUUCUUGUAUCUCUUGGUACACUUUUAACAAUAGAUAAGCUUGAAGAUUUUCACAAGUUUUGUACAAAGAAUGAGCCGACAUGACAAUCCUCUGCGAGUUUUGGUCUGUAUUUUUUUUCUGGUAAAAUUUUCUGCACAAUCCCAUCCUACAUUAUGCAUUCAGUUCGUGAAUAGAGAAAACAAGGAGAAAAACAAUACAUUUCCAUUAGGAAAACAGAUUUGUUUUACAAUAGUAUGGGGCUGUGUGGAAACUUUACCUAUUCACUUCUAGCCUGUCUCAACUUAUUUUCACAACCCCCCUCUAGUCUUUGUCAUUUUCCGUGAAAAAUCUUGAAUUGAGCAACAGUCACUAUUAUGGAUGAUCCCAACCUUGUUCUUGACUUCAUACGUGGUGAACGCUUAAAUGUAGUUGAAGAACUGGAAGAACACGAACUAAAUUUGCGGUUUUAAUAAAUAGCUAUCUUUCCAUUGAAAAAAAUGUAACCAAAAGUGCUUGCCAACAUAGAUGACUUGGAGGAGAUGGCGAAGAAGCUCAUUGCUGAAUAUUGACUCUCAUUCAGUCAAUUACACCAGCUUUUUUAAGAGCCACAACUAGUGCAAAAGUCUUGGGCAACUUUUUUUAAAGCUUUAGUUUAUUUAUAUACCUUUUUUGCAAAUGACUAUGUUCCUCUCAAAUUGGUAUUAAACUUGAACUUUUGCUGUUUCAAUCCUACAAGUUAACUGCAGCUUUAACAGCUUUGCAAGCCAAUAUUUUAUUAAUAAUUUACCCUCACUAUGUAACUUCAAGCCCAUUUUGUAAUCAACUGUAAAAUCAUUUGUGAUUUAGAUUCCAAAGGUAACAUAAAAUUGAGGAACCUCUGGCCAACUGUUGCACAAGAACCACGUAUACCAGCUGGUGCUUCUAGGGCACCUGAGCAGCCAUCUAAAAACAUGAUGUCAUACAUUUCAUAGAAGGAAACUUUGACUGCAGAAGUUUUAUGGGCACUAAAGGUUGUAUUAUCUCAUUAUAGUUAUAAAAGUUGUGAGGACAUUGCCCAAUUCUUUCAGCAAGUGUUUGCAGAUAGCACUAUCGUGAAACAGUCUACCUGUGGGGACAAAAAAUGUGCUUAUUUAGCAUGUUUUGGAGUUGCACCAUUAUUUCAGCAACAGCUUCUUGAUGAGAUUAAAAAAAUUAAAUAAUUUUGUUUUGUUAUUUGAUGAGUCACUCAACAAAGUUACACAGAGUAAACAGUUGGAUCUUCACAUCAGAUUCUGGGACACAAAAUGUUUGAGUGCAAACAAGGUAUGUGACCUCCCUGUUCAUGGGGCAUGCAACUGCUAGUGACUUACUGACAAAGAUUACAGAAUAUCUCAUCUGUAAAAAAAAUUGACAAAUCCAAGAUAUUACAGGAUAGGCCCAAUAUUAACUGCAAAUUUCAUGAUUUAUUGCAAGAACAUAUUUGUAAGGCUGGUGAGGAUGCAUUAACGUUAAUCACUGUUGGUUCUUGUGGGCUACAUGUUGUCCAUAAUUGGUGCACAGGCAUCUGAAUGGAAUGUAGAAGAGGUCCUUUCAUCUUUGUAUUAAUUAUUUGUAGACUCACCAGCAAGGAAAGAAGAUUUUACGGAAAUAACAAGAAGCAGCGUGUUUCCUCUGAAGUUUUGUAAGCACAGAUGGCUGGAGAACAUACCCAUUGUAGUACGAGCUCAGGAAAUUUGGGACAAUUUCAUUCUGUAUGUUCAAAAAGUGCAAACUGACAAGAAAUUUAGUACCCCAACAUCAAAAUCAUUCAAGAUUAAAUGAGAUGCUGUCAAGGAUGCACUCAUGCCAGCAAAGAUGGCAGCUUUUGAGUCAGUGCCAAAGCAGCUUCAACUCUUCCUGGCAAUUUUUCAACUUGACUACCCACUUCUACCUUUCAUGGCUAGCACUCUACACAAGAUGAUUGUGGGACUGAUGAAGAGAUAUUUUAAGGCUGAUGUGCUUCAGAAGGCUGCCUCAGCAGUAAAGCUUCUAAAGUUAGACCUCUCAGACAUGAAAAAUUUACUUGAGAUCAAGAAGGCGGAUAUUGGAUUUGUUGCUGUGCACAAGCUCAAGAAAUUACAGGCAGACAAAAAAGUCAGUGAUUGCCAGGUAGCUAUUAUGAGAACAAACUUGUUUUAUUUUCCCUUUUUCUGUGUUAAGAAAUCUAGAGAGAUGGCCAUUGAUGUCCAACACAGUGCAUAAAUAUGAUAUUUAAUAUAAAAUUUCUCAAAAUAUAUUUUGUCACUUUAAACAAAAUACAAUACAAUAAUUUCCUAUGAAAAUGGAAUGAAAUAAUGCUUCCUUCAGAGACUCAUUGACUUACUAACCUUGUCCUAACCCAUUGCAGACAGUAUUGCCAAAAAUACCAGAAACUGAAUUUUUGUCUGUGCUGCGCUUAAUAUUAUUGUUACUUUCAGAUUUACCAGUUCAAGAGUGAGUUUCAGUCCUUCUUAACUACUAUUGUCAACAAGCUGUUUGAAAAGACACCACUAGCCUACUCUUUGGCAUGAAAUCUGACAUGUCUGGACCCCAACAGGAUUAUGACUGACAAAGAAGGUUGCUGUGCAAAGUUCAACGUAGGGCUGAGCGAGUUGGUGAAAUGCAGAAGAUUGAACAUACGUGAUUGUGAUUCCUUAGUUUUGCAGUACUCUGAGUUUCUUGAUCUGGCAAUUAAGGCUGAGAAAUCAGCCAUGGAAGAAUUCAACUUCAAGGUGGACAGGCUGGAUAUGUUUCUGCAGAAACACAUUGGUUCUGUUAGUUCAAUGUCCAAAUUAUGGGAUCUGCUGAGAGAACUCUUGAUUCUUUCCCAUGGUCAAGCAACUGGCGAGAGAGGUUUUUCCAUAAACUGGCAAGUUAUGAUCAAAAACAUGAAAGAACAAACAUUAGUUGCACAGUGUACAAUUCAUGACCACAUUCAGAGCAUUGGAGGCUUAGGUCAGGUGGUUGUUAACAAGGAACUUCUUGCAGGGAGGCAACAUUACUCUGCCUAUCUUGAAGAGCAGAAGAAAGAGCAACAGCAAGCAUUUCGAAACAGGAAGUGGAAAAUAGUUCUUGGGAAAAAAGCUGAGUUUGAGAAAAAGAAAAAGCGCCUUGCCAGUGAAAUUAGUGCCUCUCAACUUAAUGCAGACUCUCUAGCAAAAGAAGCAGAGGAAAAAGCCAAGCCUGUACUUCUCACUAAGUCUAAUGCACUGAGAAAAGCAGCAAAAGAAAAGGAGAGAGCCCUAGGGAAAAUUGAAGAUGAGCUGAGAGAGCUGGCUAAGAAGAGUGCUAGCUUGUGAAGCUGUAGUUAUCUUCUAUGUAAAGGGAAAGAACUGUCUCAUAGCGGUUUUGUUUUAGAAAAUUUCGUUCAUUUCGGUUAAACUGAAUUAUUAUUUCAAAAACUAUCUGGUCAAAUAAAUUGUUGUUUUGACAUUACUGUCUGAGAACAAUACCAGUAAUUAUUGCUUACCUUAGGUCAUGAAAUGUUUCAAAAGGUCAUGGAAAAAGUCAUGGAAAGUCAUGGAAUUUUAACAGGUCAAAAGUGUACGAACCCUGAUUAGGUGUCCUUUGGAAUAAAAGGAAUAUCCUUCAAUCUAUACUAAAAAACAAUACAAGACUGGAGAAAGAUGUACAUCUUUACAUUUGGAAAACUGGUGGAGAGUCAGGUGCAUGGCCCUCACUAAAGUUUGUGUUUUAAGCACGAGAAAAAAGAAAAAAAACAUAUACAGAUGUGAAUAGAAAUUUUCACAAGAGGUGGAAUUUUUUUCAAAUAAUUUAAGCUUAAGAUAACAACAUUUACUUCUGGCAUGUUCUGUUUAGGGCACUUUUUAUAAGAAAUUAUUUUUUGGAUAUUUUUUAGCUUACCUGAUAACAUUGACACUCUCAUCACUCAUCAAACAAGACCACCACUAUUGGCGUCAGGUCUUGAUGUCUCUGUAAAACAGCCUAAACAAACUACUGUGUGUAAAUCAGAGAAGGUGGUCCAAUAAAGUGAGUACAUAACACUGUAAGGUAAAAAUCAACCAUGCACAGAACAGCACUUUCAAAUUUCCAGCCAUAUUUGUCCCUUCUUGAGGACUCUAAGGAAUCUCGAGGAAUCUAAUCUUUGAAUUUCUUUUUUUAUAAAUAUAAAACUGUUCUAAUGAAGCCUUAAACUGCUGUAUAAAAAGUAAAAUGUAAAAUCCAAGCUUUCACUGUUCAACAGCAUCAUCAGGGAUAAGAAAAUAUUCUGGGUGCGCCAUAUUCAUGCAAAGAAAGUGCAGGGUGAAAUGUGUAAAAGAUGUAACUUAUGUAUGAAAGCUAAGGAAAUAAACUGUGA